CUCGUCUCGCGACCGCUAAGUGAUUGUAUUGCGCGUUCCCGCCGCCGUCGACUACCGGGCAUAGUAGAGCACUUUCAGUAUGCCACUUGAACUGGAUGCUGAGAGCAGCUCUAUCAUUGACUGAGUGGAAAUCACUACGUCUAGAAGUAACCAUGUUGGGGCGAGACGUGCGGGAAUAAUAACAGCAAAUUUAUCAAUUUUAAUCCGCGAUCGUGCGUCGCAGCAUCGUCCGCUGACCGUUCCGAAUUCCGAUUCCCGCACAGUUCAGUGUGCUGCUGAUUAUUGGCGGUUGCGUUCUUAGGACGGAAAUCGGUUUGAUUGCAAACACCUCGCAACCGCAGUGAGUGACAACCUUAGGAGGUUCCCCGUUGGAAAGGUGUCGUCGCCUGCGCGUACGUAAAUCAAUCGUGACGUCAAACGUACGAAAUCUGGACUCUCGCAUGAGAAUUUGUUUUUCGUUUGUUAUGAGAAUCGGUGAUUUCGGACCAAAUCACCAAUCGUUGUUAGUGCUUCUCAUUCCAUUGUUUGGAAGUGCAUAGAUCUGCUGUUGAAACAAUUGAUGCUGCUAGAAAUAUGGUCACUGUUGGGAGUGAACUGAACCAUUUGCCAGAAACUAGCAGGCGGUGAAAGUGACAGUAACUUCAAAGAGGCGUGAGUGUGUAAAUAAUUUGAUCACGUCACUAUCAUGCAACAGAACGGCUCCAAAUUACAAAAGUAAACACCAAUUGCACACAACGACAGAGACGGUUUGUUAUGGAGCUCAAGAACGCGAAAAAUGAUAUCAAAAAACAAUCCCAAGACAAAGUGACUGGCUGUGAAUUAGGCAUCAAUGAGCAGACCGGAAGGUUGCAGUGGUGUCCUGGAUAUCGAUUCGCGAAACUGCUGUUCGUGAUACCGGCAACGAUGCUGCCACUGGUGCUGCUAUUCUUGCUCUUCACACGACUGCAUGUGGUCGGUUCGGCGAAUCUCUCCGCCCAGCAUUAUCAGUCAUUCAGCUUUUAUUCCGAUCAAUCGAAUCAAUUGGAUGACCCACAAUCUCGGUGCGAACCAGUGCGAAGGUCAUUCCCCGAAGUGAUAGAGGUCGAGGAACGAGAUAUUCUGAGAGAUCUGCGAACGUCUUUUGUUCCCAGUGGUUCCAUUGUUCCUGCUAGCUGUAUCCCUGGUGAACCUGCGCACAAUGAUUUGAUAAUACUUCAAGGCUAUAGCCCGGAAUCCAACGUUGCAAACUUUGUCCGUAGAAAAAGGUUAACAGUGCCACGGAAGAGGAAAUCGAUUUUACAAGGAAUUACAUGGAGUAGUGAUGGAAAUCCCGAAAGUGUUCGAGCGGCACAGGUGGAGAUUAUGAAGCGGUACAUGGACACAACGGUGGAGCCUUGUGAUGAUUUUUAUCAGUAUGCAUGUGGAAACUGGGAUCGCGUGAAUCCAAUCCCGAAGGAUAAAGCCGGUUUGGACACUUUCGAAAUUUUGCGAGAAAGUCUAGAUGCCGUCUUGAAAAAUCUUCUACUCGAAAAUAAAAAUGGAGGAGUGAUUGAUAUUGAAAACACGAUAGCAACAACAGAGCAACCGGCAGGAAGUGAGCACCUAAGGCGAGUGCGGAAAAGAAUUAUGGGAAAACGGGCAGUGUUGAAUAGAUUGGUACUGAAGGCACAGAUUAAAAAAGUUCGAAAACGAGAGUUAGCCCAUGUUGCUUUUGAAAAUGCAGUUAAUAAUGCGGAAACCAAAGCCCGCAAUUUGUUUAUAUCUUGUAUGAACUAUAGUUUGAUAGAAAAACAAGGUCUCCAGCCGUUGCUAGAGCUUUUAGAUUCUCUUGGCGGAUGGCCAGUGUUGAAUCCCGGCUGGCAGUCGAACAACUUCGAUUGGCUUAACUUAACCGCUCAAAUUCGCCGGUAUAAUAAUGAUAUUUUAAUUGUCGAAUGGGUUGGUCCCGAUAUCAAGAACUCCGAUGAAAAUAUAAUACAGUUUGAUCAAACUUCGCUGGGGUUGCCAACGCGGGACUAUUUUCUCCAAGAGACCAACAGAAAAUAUCUAGAAGGUUACAAACAGUUUAUGAUUGACAUCCUUGUUUUGCUCAAUGUUCAACACAAGAAGGCCAAACAAACGUCCGAUGAGAUUAUCGAUUUCGAGAUUCAGUUAGCCAACAUCACUAGUUCUGUAGAGGAACGCAACAACGUUUCCGUACUGUACAAGAAAAUCAUUCUUGAAAACCUACACGAAGAAGUUCCGGAGAUCGACUGGACGCGUUACCUGUCGAUUGUGAUGGAUCGACCAAUGAAUAGCUCUGAGUUUGUCGUGAUGUUCGCGUUAAACUAUAUGAAAGAUUUGGUUGAAUUGAUCGAUCAAACCGAGCCGCGAACACUGGCGAAUUAUAUUUUGUGGAGGUUCGUAAGGCACCGCAUCAACAAUCUGGAUGAUCGUUUUCUGCAGGCAAAGCAAAAGUUUUCGAACGUUUUGUUCGGCAGAGAAAAAAGUCCCCCCAGGUGGAAGAACUGUGUGAAUCAGGUCAACGCCAACAUGGGCAUGGCUGUAGGAGCGAUGUUUGUGAGGAAAUAUUUUGAUGAAAAUAGCAAACGAGAUACAUUGGCAAUGACGCACGAAUUGCAACAGGCUUUUCGGGAAAUUCUGAAUGAAACUGAAUGGUUGGAUAGUCAAACAAAGAGGCUGGCGGAAAUGAAAGUAAAUUCGAUGUCCCUUCGAAUAGGUUAUCCCGAUUUUAUAUUGUCUCACAAGGAACUUAAUGAAAAGUAUGCGGAUUUGGAGAUCGAUCCAGAGAAGUAUUUCGAGAACACGCUCAACGUUCUUAGUCAUAUUCGAAGAACUGACCAAGACAAAAUUGGUCAAACAGUCAACAAAACCGCUUGGCAUACGGCUCCUGCUGUGGUGAAUGCUUACUACAGUCGCAAUAAGAAUCAAAUAAUGUUUCCUGCUGGGAUAUUGCAGCCUCCUUUCUAUCAUCGUCACUUUCCUAAAUCGAUGAAUUUCGGUGGAAUAGGCGUCGUCAUAGGCCAUGAACUGACGCACGGAUUCGAUGACAAAGGUCGUUUAUUUGACCGCGAAGGUAAUCUGUACCGGUGGUGGACCGAUCAUGCGAUCGAUGCGUUCCACGAUCGAGCUGCCUGUUUGGUGCAACAAUAUGGAAAGUACACAAUCGAUGAAGUUGGAGUUCAAAUUGAUGGAGAAAGCACCCAAGGAGAAAAUAUCGCCGAUAAUGGUGGAAUAAAACAAGCCUUUCGUGCUUACACAAAGUGGCUCACGGAGCAGCAGGAUCCGGCUGUAUUGGAAAAUGAAACCCUGCCGGGAUUGAAUAUCACCAAUACGCAGUUGUUCUUCCUGAAUUUUGCUCAGGUAUGGUGCGGAGCGAUGCGACCUGAGGCUACGAGAAAUAAACUCAAAACUGCUGUACAUAGUCCGGGAAAAUUUCGGGUGAUUGGAACGCUGUCAAACUCGGAGGAUUUCGCACGCGUUUACGAGUGCGAGAUAGGGACACCGAUGAAUCCGGAAAACAAGUGCAGCGUUUGGUGAAGCAUGGACUUUGCUCCACUCCGUAGGCUGUCGAAUCGAUUUUGGUUGUAUAAUAUGAGAUUCAUAGAACGAAAACUGUCCCAGUGAAAGUCAUUCCUUUAAAAUAAAUGUAAUUUAUAAAUCGAUAUUAUUAGAUUUAACCGCAAGUUGUUUUAUUUAAGUGAUUAAAUUCCUGUUUUGUAAUUUGAUUUUUUUUGAUUGUCAGAAAUACUAGACAGACAAACCAAAGUUGCAAACUGGUUUUUAUGACAUGUCAUUGAAAUGCAGUUAUUCUUGGAGUGAAAUUGUAUCCAGGAAGAAAGUGAGGACAUCUGCCAUAAGACAUAUCGAACAAUUAAUCGAAGGCUUAUACAAUAAACAAAUUAGAACAA